CUGGAACGAGGUGAUUUCCUCUCAGAAGAGUGGAGAGAACGGAUUGCCAACACGAGUGUUAUAUUUGUGAAUAACUUUGCCUUUGGUCCUGAGGUGGAUCACCAGCUGAAGGAGCGAUUUGCAAACAUGAAGGAAGGUGGCAGAAUCGUGUCCUCAAAACCCUUUGCACCUCUGAACUUCAGAAUAAACAGCAGAAACUUGAGUGAUAUUGGCACCAUUAUGCGUGUGGUGGAGCUGUCACCCCUGAAAGGCUCCGUAUCAUGGACAGGAAAGCCAGUCUCCUACUACUUGCACACCAUUGACCGUACCAUACUUGAAAACUAUUUUUCUAGUCUGAAAAAUCCAAAACUCAGGGAAGAACAGGAGGCAGCUCGGCGCCGGCAGCAGCGAGAGAACAAGAGUAAUGCAACCACCCCUACCAAGGUCCCUGAGAGCAAGGUGACUGGCCCUGCUGAGACCCCCAUGGAUUCUGGUGCUGAGGAAGAAAAAGCAGCGGUGACCACCAUCAAAAAGCCAUCUCCCUCCAAAACCCGGAAGAAGAAGUUGAACAAAAAAGGGAGGAAGAUGGCUGGCAGGAAGCGUGGGCGGCCCAAGAAAAUGAGCACUGCAAACCCUGAGCGUAAGCCCAAGAAGAACCAAACUGCACUGGAUCUCUUGCAUGCCCAGACUUCAUCCCAGACAGCGUCCCCCUCACCCCAAGAUGCAUACAGGUCACCUCACAGCCCAUGCUACCAGCUACCUCCAAGUGCACAGUGGCACUCCCCCUCCCCACUGCUGGUGGCAUCCACCCCACCUGCACUACAGAAGCUGCUAGAGUCCUUCAAGAUCCAAUACCUGCAGUUCCUGGCCUACACGAAGACCCCACAGUAUAAGGCCAACCUGCAGCAGCUAUUGGACCAGGAGAAGGAGAGGAACGCGCAGUUGCUGGGCACAGCACAGCAGCUCUUUGGUCACUGCCAGGCCCAGAAGGAAGAGAUCCAGAGACUCUUCCAGCAGAAACUGGAUGAGCUUGGGGUAAAGGCGCUGACCUACAAUGACCUGAUCCAGGCCCAGAAGGAGAUCUCUGCUCACAACCAGCAGCUGCGGGAACAGUCGGAGCAGUUGGAAAGGGACAACCGUGAGCUCCGCAGCCAGAGUCUGCAGCUGCUCAGAGCCCGGUGCGAGGAGCUGAAGCUGGACUGGGCAACACUGUCCCUGGAGAACCUGCGGAAGGAGAAGCAGGCCCUUAGGAGCCAGAUUUCAGAGAAGCAGCGACACUGCCUGGAGCUACAGAUCAGCAUUGUGGAGCUGGAGAAAAGUCAGCGGCAGCAGGAGCUUCUGCAGCUAAAGUCCUGCGUGCCACCCGAUGACACACUAUCCAUGCACCUGCGUGGAAAGGGUGCCCUGGGCCGUGAGCUGGAGGCCGAUGCUGGCAGGCUGCACCUAGAGCUGGACUGCGCUAAGUUCUCUCUGCCUCAUUUCAACAGUAUGAGCCCAGAGCUCUCCAUGAAUGGCCAUGCUGCUGGCUAUGAGCUCUGCAGUGCACUGAGCCGGCCCUCAUCAAAGCAGAACACUCCCCAGUACUUGGCCUCCCCCUUGGACCAGGAGGUUGUGCCCUGCACCCCCAACCAUAGCAGCCGGCCACGGCUGGAGAAGCUGUCUGGCCUGGCCUUGCCGGACUAUACCCGGCUUUCACCUGCUAAGAUUGUGCUGAGGAGGCACCUGGGCCAGGACCAUGCUGCAGCUGGCAAGGCAGCCACCAGUGAGCCACACCCACGAGCUGAGCAUGCCAAGGAGAAUAGCCUUCCUUACCAGAGCCCAGGCUUGUCAAACAGCAUGAAGCUGAGCCCACAGGACCCACAACCUCCUUCCCCUGGGGCCUUGCCCAUAGUAGGAGAAAAGAGCAGUGAGAAGCAGGGUGUGAAGGAACGUACCUACAGCAGCCAGGGGGAGACCAUCACCAGCCUGCCUAUCAGCAUCCCGCUCAGCACAGUGCAGCCAAACAAGCUCCCUGUCAGCAUCCCCCUGGCCAGCGUGGUGCUCCCCAGCCGUGCUGAGAGGGUGGUGAGCCCGGCCUGGCUACGGAGGAGCACCCCAAGUCCUGUGCCACAGCCCCGAGACUCAUCAUCCAUGCUUGAGAAGCAGAUCGGUGCUAACACCCACAGUGCCGGGGGCAAUGCUACAGGGAGCAGGAGCCUUGCCCUGGCACCCACAGGCUUCUCCUACGCAGGCUCAGUGGCCAUCAGUGGGGCCCUGGCCAGUAGCCCAGCACCACUGGCCUCUGGAGCAGAGUCAGCUGCCUUUGACGAGUCCUCCAGUUCGGGGAGCCUUUUUACCACAAUGGGGUCCCGCAGCACGACGCCUCAGCACCCCCCUCUGCUGCCACAGCCCCGAAACUCCGGCCCUGCCUCUCCUGGCCCCCAGCUCUCUGCAAGUCCCCGACUCAGUGGGACCACUCAGGGCUUGCUGCCUGAUGCUGGAAAGGGAGACCUGCCUUCUGAUUCUGGCUUCUCAGACCCUGAGAGCGAGGCCAAGAGGAGAAUUGUGUUCACCAUCUCAGCCGGCGCUGGCAACACCAAGCAGUCACCUUCCACCAAGCACAGCCCCCUGAUGGCAGGUGCCCGUGGGGACUGUGGGCAGAGCCAUGGGCAGGAUAGCCGGAAGCGUGGCAGAAGGAAGCGUACAUCAACCGGAACUCCCAGCCUAAGCACAAGCGUUUCCCCCAAGCGCAGGGCUCUUCCCACAGUCGCUGGCCUCUUCACACAGUCCUCAGGAUCCCCCCUCAACCUCAACUCCAUGGUCAGCAACAUUAACCAACCCUUGGAGAUUACAGCUAUCUCGUCCCCUGAGAACUCUCUGAAGAGCUCCCCUGUUCCUUACCAUGACCAUGACCAGCCCCCCGUGCUCAAGAAGGAGAGGCCCUUGAGCCAGUCCAAUGGGGCUCACUACUCCCCGCUGACCUCAGAUGAGGAGCCAGGCUCUGAGGAUGAGCCCAGCAGCACCCGGAUUGAGAGAAAAAUUGCAACAAUCUCUUUAGAAAGCAAGUCUCCCCCAAAAACCUUGGAAAAUGGUGGCAGCUUGGUGGGAAGGAAGCCAACACCCGCGAGUGAGCCCGUGAACAGCAGCAAGUGGAAAUCUACCUUCUCACCCAUCUCCGACAUUGGCCUGGCCAAGUCCUCAGACAGCCCACUGCAGGCCAGCUCUGCCCUGAGCCAAAACUCCUUAUUCUCAUUCCGACCAGCCCUGGAGGAGCCCUCAGUGGCUGAGGCCAAACUUACUACCCAUCCAAGGAAAAGCUUUUCCAGCUCCCUAUUGGGAGCUGAUGGACUCAGCCCGGGUGCCAACCCCCCCAAUGGCCUGGCCUUCAGCGGGGGCCUGGCUGCUGACCUCAGUUUACAUGGCUUCAACGAUGGUGCUUCCCUUUCCCAUAAGGGUCCUGAGGCAGCCAGCCUGAGUGCUCCACUGAACUUUCCCUCACAGCGGGGCAAGGAGAGUGCCUCAGAGGCCAACCCCUUCCUCAGCAAGCGACAGCUGGAGGGCCUGGGUGGCCUGAAGGGUGAGAGCAGUAUGGGCAAGGAACCAGGCGAGCCAGGCCUGCCCCUGUGUGGGCCCGUGGACAAGGCCACCCUUCCUCACAGCAGGGUUGGCAAGGGCCGAGACCGUGAACUUGACUUCAAGAAUGGCCACAACCUCUUCAUCUCUGCUGCAGCAGUGCCUCAUGGCAGCCUUCUCGGUGGCCCUGGCCUUGCCACAGUGGCAUCCUCUACAGGCAGUGGAGCCCCUGCUGUCCAGACACACCGCCCCUUCCUGGGCACCUUCACACCUGGGCCACAGUUCACCCUGAGUCCUAUGUCCCUGCAGGCCAACCUUGGCUCGGUGGCUGGCUCGUCCGUGCUGCAGUCCUUGUUCAGUUCUGUGCCAGCAGCUGCAGGCCUGGUACAUGUCUCAUCUGCUGCAACCAGACUGACCAACUCACAUGCCAUGGGCAGCUUCUCCUCCGGGGUGGCUGGCGGAACCGUUGGAGGUGUCUUUAGCCAUGCGGUGCCCUCCGCCUCUGCUCAUCCAUUUGGAGCCAGUGUCGGCAGCGGGGCUGUGUGUAGCAGCGCCACGCUAGGCCUAAGCCCACUGCAGGCGGUGGCCAGCACCUCGGCCUCUUCCUUUCAGGCCGUGGCCUCAGUGGAGACUCGGCCACCCCCUCCACCUCCACCUCCUCUACUUCCUCCUCAGCACCUGGGCCAGCCCCCUGAGGGGCCCCCCAUUCUCCACGCCCCCCCUCCACCUAAUGUUGCCUUGCCUCCUCCCCCACCCACGCUGCUGGCCUCUAACUCCGAACCUGUGCUCCUACAGAACCUCGCGUCCCUCCCAGCUAACAAAGCUUUCUUACCCUCCUCCUCUGCUGCCUCUCUGCAGCCUAACGCCGCUCUGUCUGUCAAGCUCACCUCCCUUCCACACAAGGUCUCCCGCCCCUCCUUCACGGUGCACCACCAGCCCCUGCCCCGGCUGGCCCUGGCGCAGGCCGCGCCCGCCGUCCCUCAGGCCAGCUCUGCAGGGCCAUCUGCUGUAUGGGUUUCUCUUGGCAUGCCGCCUCCUUAUGCCGCGCACCUUUCAGGGGUUAAGCCUCGAUAAAGACCUUGCUUAGCUAGCAGUUCAUAUUCUGUAAGGUAAGGCUAGAGCCAAACGAGGUGGUUCCCUCGAGAAACUGAACCAUCCUUCCUUUUGCCCAGGAGACAACCCGGCCAGGCUUGGCAGAGAGCCUGGGAGCCCUAGGCUGCUGUGCCAGGCUGGCCAGAGGGGUGGCGCAGGAAGGCUCAGGCCCUCAGGGUCAAUCGGGGUCAUGGUGCUUUUUGGCCCCUGUGGAUGCAGGCUGUGGACCCCAGCUGGCAUGAGAGGACAGCCCCAGGUGGACCAGCUACUGUGGGGACAGUGUGCAGGGCCAGAGUUGGUAUAGCCCCUGCUUAGGGAGAAAAGGCCUCUUCUCCCAGGCUCAGGAAGGGUACACAGUUCUACUCUAUCUCUUCUGGUUAUGUGGCCAUAGUCCAGGGAGUUAUAAAACAUGCUGGGGUUGGGGUGCACUUACCUGGGUCCUUGAACACUUUCAUGUCAUGGGGUGUUAAGAAAGUUCCCGGCAUGCAACAGGCCCUAAGCAUGGGAGAGUGAGGAAUAGCCAGAAGGGUGAGAUUGCCAGGGGGAGCUGAGACUAGGUAGAGAUGGCCACACUCUGGCCUGAAUGGGGCCGAGCCCAGGCUGUGCAUCUGGGGAAGUGAGCUCUGGUUAUGGUCUUGAAAGGGCUGCUAACGUGGUGGGGGCACCUGGGGUUGUGGCUGACAGUUGUGUAACACUGUCCUCCAGUGUGGAGCAGCCCAUCAUGGUGGAGGAAGGGCGGUAGGGGCUCAUGGUUGGCCUCCAAGGCCUUCAGGAAGGCCCUGUCCACUUCUUGGGUGAAGAGGCUGCAAAACCUAAGGGCAGCUAGCUUGAACUGUCAUUCAGGGAGGCUGACAUCCUGGUAGUGAGGACAUGCCCAGGGUCUGAGGCCCUGACCUGUCAGUUUGAUCUCCUGCAGGUGUGUGUGAGCAGACCGAAGUGUGGCUUUGGGGAUGGUGGCAGUCUCUGGGCAGAGUGCUGGCCACCUGAGAGCUGGACAGGCUGUAGUUGUCCUGCCCUUGUGUCCUCAGAGGGUGGUAGUAAUGAGAUUAAAGGGCUGAGGCUGGCUGCAGUGGCCCCAGGUGUCAGGUACCCUGUUUGCCUGUGGACAGCACCUGCUUGUCCUCUGUCCCUGCCAUCUUCCUGCAGGAAGUUGGCAUCCUACAGGGCAGCCAGUGCUGCGCAGUGGGUGUGUUCACAGGAGAGCUUUGCCCGACCUGGGUGAGUGCUGGGCCCCUUCUGUGGGCUGCUAAUAUGAUCUUUCCCUCCCUCCUGUGCCCCUGCAGGUAACUAGGACUUCUACCUCAACUGCGCAACCUAUGCAAGGACGGUGUGGACCAAUGCCUGCUGCGUGGUGUUCGCCAGCCUGCUGGGCUCCCACUCGGAGGGCAGAGACAGGAGAGAACAGGAGCUCCACUGUGAAUUGGCGGCAUCCUGCAGGAGGUGCUGGGGCUGGUCCAGUUUGUACUGUCGAUAGUUUUAGAUAAAGUAUUUAUCGUUUUUUAAAAAGUAUAAACAAUUCCGACUUAUUUUAUUCCAUCUAAGUCGUCAGAGGCAACCUAUUGAGAAGUAUAAGUGUCUAUAUAAAAGAGAAUCUAUAUAAAGACUUGGACUUGUAGGGCUGGCCUACCAGUAGAUGCUGACAGCCCAUCCUGUCCCGGUGCUAUCUCGCCACCAGGCCUGCGCCUGCCUCCACCUCUUGGUGCUGUCCUGGACGUUGACCAACGCCAAAACCAGUUCUCAGAAGCACCUGCCACUUGUUCCAAUACCAAAUGCGUGCCCGACUCUAGGGGAGUUGUCAUAAGGUCCCUCAGAAGACACCAGAGCUGAACCUCAGACCUUCCUCUCCCUGGAGCCCCUAUGCCAUCCCUGCCCCAUCACUGUGAAUGCCCCAACUGUUAGUGCUCUGGUUUAGGGCUGUGCCUUUGGCAUUUAAGCAGGGCUGGCUGGUACUGGGAUGGGAGAGUCCCUUGGUUCUCUGCCAGACUGGAGCCCAGAACUGGUAGGAAUGACCUGCGGUGACUACAGCCUUCUGAGUGGUGCUCAACAUACGGCUUUGUACUUGACUCCUGGAGGCUGGGUUGGCUUGUGUGACAAGUGCAUUUACUUUUUGUAUUCCUUUGCUUUUCUGGCUUGUGGCACACUGACUGGGUGACGCAGGGCACGUCCUUGGUGUUUGUGUAUAGGAAAAAGUCACGCUGAGUGACAGUAUUUUAUAGAGAUGUGAUGAAAUUUUAUAAAUUUCAUAGACUUGACUGCAUUUAUUUUUUCGACUGUAUAAUGUACAGUGAACUUAAAAAAAAAGAAAGGAGAAAAACUUAUUCAAAUGCACAAAAAUGGCAUCAACCCUAGGGCUGGAGACCCUGUAGGAGCAGGACCCAGCCUGUGCCCUCCAGUCAGCUUUGUGCCUGCCACUAUGAUGUUGCAGGUUCCCAUGGCUGCUUAGAGUACUCCUAGCCUGCAUUUCUGACCCUGAUGCUGGCCCAUUUGCAAACUGGCAGUGCUGGGGACAGAUAUACUGUGUGGGACUGCAGAGGGGCUAGGGCUGGGCUUUGGAGGUUGCAGGACUGUCCUGGGCUUGCAGUGCCAGCCCUGGUUCUGACCUAGAUCUGGUUGGGAAGCCAGAUCAGGGGCUUCCAGUUUGGGGAGUGGGAGGAGGGCCUGGAAGCAGCAGGCCUGCCCCUCUGCCCCUCCCCACCCCAGCUGGAGUCCUGAAGAUGGUGCUGGUGACCCCUCCCCCUCCACGUUGGUGCUCUUGGCAAGGCCAGAAGGUGCUGUGUCCCAUUCCUGUGGACUCCGUGGGGGGCAAGGCAUCCCUUCUGACCACACAGCUUCCUAGGGCACCACAGGGUGACAGUAGCAAAGUCAGCAUAUAGCAAGUCCCUGGUCUGGAACAAAACACUGUUUUUAACAAAUACUAGUGUGGGCCAUGCUGCUGCGUAGACUCCUGAUGGGCCAUAUUUAAACAUCCCUCCCUGUUACUGAUCUACACAUACCUGAGUGCUGGGAGUGUACCUAACACAGCCCAGCACUGGGUGGCACAUGUACUUAGCAUGGGCACAAGUACCUUCCUGAGCCAGCCUGCAUGUAAACUGGCUGUGAUGGAAGGGGAGGGCACACACUUGUUCCCUGCACAGAUACCCACUGACCAAGUGUGUUGCCUAGCCAUUGGAUGUUGGGCUGAUAAUGAAGGCUGUCCAGGAGUCUGGUGCUGGGGCCCAUCUCACUGGUUGCAGGUCACUCAGCCUGGGGCAAAUGUUCCAAGGACUGCAUGGAAGCUAGGAGGCCACUCCAUGACUCUUGCUCAGGAAUUGAUAUGGAAACCAUAAAGACUAGGAUGACCUACCACCACCACCACUACCCAGGAGGCAGCCUGCUGGCCAACAGGAACUGGCUUUCAUGUCCUUUAUUCUAGUCCACAGAUGGAGGCUAUUUAAGACUUCCUUGCUCCUGGAUCUGUUCAUCUGCCCUGCAGAAUGCAUCACUCUGUUCCCACCUGCCUCUCAUCUCCAUUUACACAUCCAAUCCCAUGUGGUAUUUCUCACUCACAAUUUUUAUUUGUAACUCAGCAAAACUUUGUUCUGUAGUGAGCUCUGUAUUUAACGGAUGCUGUUACAGUUCCCUUGGUCUCCCUGGCUCUCAGCUCUACCCUCGUUAGGGUGUCUCUCUGCAUUGUUCCCACCUCUAGACACUGUAAUAAAAGCAGUUUUUAUUUGGACAUGGUCUGGACCAACCUUUCUUCCAUAUGCGUCAUCCCUGAAGUGGGGGACCCUUCCAACCCCAGUGCUUAGGGCGCCCCUAGCAGCAGCUCUGAGAGCCAACAGUGGCAGGAGACGCUACCUCAGGAAGGCCCAGUCUCCUUUCAAACACCAACUUAUGACUGAACUAGUCCCACCAGAUAACAUUCCUUUUAAUCACUCAAGCCAGCCACAGAGCCCCAGCAGCAGGCCCUGGCCUUGUCCCCAGGGUCAUCCAGGAUUCCUGCUACCAUGGCACCCUUCUAUUCUGCCCU